UGAUGACAUUGACAGUAUUUUGAAAAGCCUGGUAACGGUUGUUUUAUUCGCGUUUUAUUAAAAUAUUAAACUGGCGAAAUUUAAGUUUCAAAUAAUUUUUGUUAUAUCAAUUAUUACUUUUAGGUUUCAUUGAAACCGUUUCAAAGAUGUAUAUAAAAUCCAUUGUACUAGAUGGAUUCAAAUCGUACGGACAACGAACAGAAAUACACGGGUUUGAUGAGCAAUUUAACGCGAUAACAGGAUUGAAUGGCAGUGGGAAAUCUAAUAUCUUAGAUUCCAUUUGUUUUGUUUUAGGAAUAUCGAACCUCACUCAUGUUAGAGCUGCUAGUCUUCAAGAUUUGAUUUAUAAAAGUGGACAGGCCGGUGUUAAUAGAGCAACCGUAUCUAUUAUUUUUGAUAAUAGUAAUUCAGCACAAUGUCCUCCCGGAUUUGAACAAUAUAAAGAAAUCAUAAUUACCAGACAAAUAGUAAUGGGUGGCAAAAAUAAAUACUUAAUAAAUGGUACCAAUGUUCCAAAUAAAAAGAUACAAGACUUGUUUUGCUCAGUGCAGUUGAAUGUUAAUAAUCCACAUUUCUUGAUUAUGCAGGGAAAGAUUACCAAAGUAUUAAAUAUGAAGCCUCCAGAAAUUUUAGCUAUGGUAGAAGAAGCUGCUGGAACAAGAAUGUAUGAAGUAAAGAGACAACAUGCACAAAAGUUAAUAGAAAAAAAAGAUGCAAAACUACUGGAAUUAAGAGCUAUUUUCAAUGAAGAAAUAGCUCCUAAACUGAAAAAACUUAGACAAGAUCGUGAACUGUACCUUGAAUAUCAACAAGUAGACAGAGAAUUGGAAAAGAUGUUACAAUUAUAUCAAUGCUGGCAGUAUUAUCAAACUAAACAUGCUGUUUUAAAUGCAAAAAAAAAUUUAGAGAUUGCUCAAAAAGAAAUAGAAGGUUUUGAAAAUGAAAUUGAACAAAAUAUAGGAAAAACAAAGAAGUUAGAUGAAGAUAUCAAAAAAAUAACCAGUAAUGCAAAUACAGAAAUAACAGCACAAUUGCAUGAAUUGGAAGCCAAACUCAAAGCGAAAGAAAAAAAUGAAGCAAAAUCGAAUGCCUCUGUAAAAUCAAUUAAAGAAAAUAUAAAUUUGGAAGAAAAAAAGCUUGAUCAGCUAAAAAGGAAUGUGCAAGAUGAUGGAAAAGCAUUGACAAUUAAAGAACAAGAGUUAGAAAAAGUUCAGUCGUUAUUUGACACAUUAAAGAACAAUGAUCAGAAGGACAAUGAAGCUUUUAUUUUGUCACAAAAAAAAUUCGAAGCCGUUAGCGCUGGUAUGGAAGUAAACGAUGAAGGAGAAGCUCAAACACUUCAAGAGCAAUUUAUGCAGGCCAAAGAGGAAGCCUUGAGGGCUGUCACUGAAAGCAAACAAGCGUCUAUGCAACUAACAUCGUGUCAAAGCCAAUUGGCCCAAAAACAGAAAGAAACCGGCUCAAAUUCUGCUGAUUAUGAAAGAGACAGGGUAGCUUUAGAUAAAAAAGAAAAGGAAGUUAAGGAUUUAGAGACUAAUAUCGGCAAACUAAACUAUUCUGAAGAACGAAUGGGCGACUUACAAGCGCAAAGAAGAGCUUUGACCCAAGAAAUUCGUGUGCUUAGAGAAAAAAUUGACAAUUUUUAUAUGCAUAGACCUCAAACUAAAUUUUCCUAUUCUAAUCCAGAAUCAAAUUUUAAUAAGAGAUCGGUCAAAGGAGUGGUUUGUAAGCUAAUAAAGUGCCAGGAUACCAGUACUUGCAUGGCUUUGGAGAUAGCGGCAGGAGGAAAGCUUUUUAAUGUCAUAGUUGACACUGAGGCAACAGGAAAAAAACUAUUGAAAAAUGGAAACCUUCAACGUAGAAUCACGUUUAUUCCAUUAAACAAAAUCCAGGCUGGUAAAAUUGAUGAUACCACUGUUGAGUUUGCCCAAAGAUUGGUUAGUGCUGAAAAUUGCAAGGCAGCCUUAUCGCUGAUACAAUACGACAGGGAACUACAAAGCGCCAUGGAAUUCGUCUUCGGUAACGUUUUUAUUUGCAAGGAUUUAAAUGUGGCCCAAAAAAUAUCGUUUAAUGACAGAAUCAGAAAGAGAUGCGUUACUUUGGACGGAGAUGUCACCGAUCCCUCUGGUACACUCAGUGGUGGUGCUCCUGUUAAAGGUGGCAGCAUGUUUGUCCAACUUUGGGAAACUCAGAAAAAUGAGGAAUUAUUGGCCACUAAAGAAAGAGAACUAGCACAAAUCAAUGGAGAAAUUAAUCAACUGAGUGGCAUACAAGAAAAUUACAAUACAGUAAAACGACAGUUAGACCUAACUCGACACGAACUUAAUUUAAUAAAACAAAGAUUACAACAAAGUACACAUCACAGGCAACAGGAAGAAGUUAAUAAUUUGAAAAUCCAAAUUGACGAGCUUAAGAAAAAGGCGAAGACUUGCAAAGAAGUAGAGAUUAAAAGUAACCAAAGAGCCACAGAACUUGAGGAAAAAAUGAAAGACGCGAAAGGCUAUAGGGAAAAGCAGUUGAAAGAAGCAGAACAGGAACUGAAAAAAAUGAAACAAAAAUCGGAAAAAAGUAGAAAAGAAUGGAAACAGAGAGAACAAGACUACGAAACUUUAAAUUUGGAAAUUUCUGAGUUGAAGAAGGGAUUGGAAACUUCAAAUGCUCAAAUUGAAAUUUGCGAGAAAGCUAUUGUUGACUUAAAGGAACAAUUACAGGACAUAUCUGGCAGUGCUGAAGAAAUAAAGGAAGCUGUUAAGAAUUUGCAAGCCGAAGUAAAAAGAACCAAAAGUAUCAUCACUGAAAACAACAGAGAUAUUCAAAAGAAAAAUAAGGAAAAGGAAAAUUUGUUGGCCAAAAAUAAUGAUUUAGAACUGAAAAUUAAAGAACACAGUCAUGAAGUUAAUAAGUUGGAAGAAAAUUGCAAAAACGCUAAAAAUAGGGAACAAGAGCUUUCAAGAAAAUUUAAAGGUAAUAAUCCUAAUUCACAAAAGGCAGAAGAAAUGUCGCAUAAAGAUGGUCUAGAAUUAGAAAGUAGGAUUAAGAAUUAUCAAGAAAAGAAGCAUAAACUCAGUAGGACGGUAAACGCAAAAGCACAAAGUAUGUUUGAGCAAGAAGAAAAACAGUACAAUGAAUGCCGUAAAAAAGAAAAAAUCGUCGAACAAGAUAAGAAAAAAAUUAUAGACACAAUCGUAGAUAUGGACAAGCAAAAAGAAAACUCGUUGAAAUUAGCGUAUCAACAAGUUUCUAAAGAUUUUGGAUCAAUUUUCGGCACUCUCUUACCUGGCGCGAAUGCCAAACUGUUAGCUCCGCCUGGAAAAACAAUUUUACAAGGAUUGGAGGUAAAAGUGUCACUGGAUGGUGUUUGGAAGGAAAGUCUAACUGAACUUAGCGGUGGACAGAGAUCGCUGGCAGCAUUGUCUCUAAUUCUCGCGAUGUUGUUAUUUAAACCUGCUCCUCUUUAUAUUUUAGACGAAGUGGAUGCCGCAUUGGAUUUAUCUCACACCCAAAAUAUAGGACAUAUGUUGAAAUCGCAUUUCAAGAAGAGUCAAUUCAUUAUCGUGUCUCUGAAGGAUGGAAUGUUCAAUAACGCCAACGUCCUAUUUCGCACAAAGUUUGUGGAUGGUGUUUCCAUGAUAACAAGGACAGUAAAUAAGAAUAAGUAGAAUUAACCGAUCUUAAUAAUCGAAAUAUUUUUAUCAUAUUUUUUUUAAGGUAGUUUUAAUUCUUAUUAGGUUUAAAAUAAUAUUAAAUUUCUAAUUUUAAAACUUAA